UGAGACGACGUUGUGGUAGUCAACAGUGAUGACUGAGCAUGUCCCCUGAAUAUAUGUCUCCUUAUAUAUGCACUGAUUGCCUGCUGUAGUGUGCACAAUACAUCAGAUUCGCGCGCAGAUGAGGCCGUUCGCCAGGUUUUUGCUGCUGCGUGCUCCUGCCUUGUUCACCAAACGACGCUGUCUCUUGCCCUCAAACCAAGUUCCAAUCUCAACAAUACACAAGCCAACAAAUCGCACACCACUCGAGCCCUGGCUGCGUUCGUACCGACGACCCUCGAUUGUUUCUCGAUGCCUUGAGCUACACCAUGCUGGGUCCAGCCCUCCAGACGUGCCUGCCCAUCUGCAACCGCAAUUGCUUGAAUCGUUGCCGAUCAGGCUGCACCGAAGAGCUCCUACCUUGCUCGAAAAUUCUCGACGAUUCACAGCCUCUAGCAUACGUCCAACACCAGCGCACUCAACCGCUCGUCCGAUGAUCCUCCAAGAGCAGUUGCGUUUUCGAUCCGGCUAUACCUCUUGCCAUUCCUUCGAGGUGUGACCCAGAUCCUCGACCUCCACUUCAACUGCCAUCCUGGCUUUCACGAACAUCGCAGAACCGAAAUCCGACAGCAAUACCCCCAAAGAGUCUUCAGCCCUACGAUGGGGUUUCCAACGGCGGCCGGUGUGAGCUUCCUAAUGCUACGACAGCUACGAGUUUGCGAGACCUCGGCCGUAAUCAGACCGGUGAACCUUGAGAACUGCUGUA